GGUUGUUAUCGUCCAGAAAAACUCACCGUCAAGCUUUCGGAUGCGGAACUCCUGAAUACCAAGCUUCUUACCGAACCUAUUGCGCCCGUGCGUACGGAGUACGGAGGGCGAUGGCCCACCCUGCGACCGCCUCCACGAUCCUUGUGGACAGAGAACCCACCUUCCCUGCCAUCGAUCUCGACGGUGACUUCGAAGAAGACGUAGAAGAAUGCGUCGCGUUCUCGAUCCCACUCGAAGACGACGAUCUCAGAGCCGGGCAGCUGGGCACUCGUAUAUACCGAAACCUCAACGAGACGGAACCCAGGGACUUGAUAACCGCCAAGGAGUCCAAGAACCAAUACCACUUCCAAGCGCGUUUCGCCUUUGCGAAGUACGGGACAUAUCAUGGGGCAGACGCUUGCUUGGUCGUCGUCCGGGUGUCCUUUCAACAGCGUAGCAGUCACCGCUUCAAAAGUGCCGAGAUCGAAAUGAACUUUGAAGAUGCCGCAAAUGUGGAUUUGAACCCGCACGAGGCUGACAUUGACACCACUCACCAGCCCAAGGUGCUUGACUUUGAGCCGAAAGAAUUCCAAGGUCCCACCACCGAUGCACUGGUCCAAAAUUCCCUCAGCCUCAGUGUGCAAGUGUCUGCGCCCAGCAUCCCAGUAGCCGUGACCCCGGGUGGCUCUACCUCAACAACUUACGUGAAGAAGAGGCGCUUUAAGAUCCACGGGAUUGUCGAGGACGAUCCGCCCUCCUCGUUGCACUGGGUCAUCAGAGAAGACGACAUUCAGAAAGAUGGCAUCCCGUCUGAGAUUAAGGUGGCCAUGAUCGUCACUUACACACCUGGCCGCAAGUUCGCGGCUCGGCUGCGCCUCCGCGCUGAUGUGUUUCUGCCCUUUUUGAGACCCGUUUGUGGUUUGAAAGAUGAACCCAUCUUUUUUGAUCCAGAAUUCAUGCAGGACCAAGCUGCGAAAAAGCUGGCGGUAGCGCAGGGUGUCGCGCCCACGGUGCCUGGGCUGGUGGGCUGUUCGCUUGACCGUGUGAGCCUGAAGGAGAUUACAGGUUUGUUCGCCACCGGAGGUGACUUUGGGAGCUAG